AGAUACGAUGGCGGGUAAGGCUACCACCAGGUGAUACAGGAAGUUACGAAUCCGCCAUCCAAACGAAUCGUUGAUUACUAAUAGUUUAUUGUAGUCAAUGUUUAAUGCCAAAACUCUGUCCAUCGUGUUUUAAUCGCGAUUAUUGGGUAUUUUUGACAAAAAUCAUAGCAAAUUCGUCUUUUGACAGUAGGGCAGCCGGAUAAUAUUGAGCAUCAAUCAAACACGGCAAGUUUAUAAGAUUAACGAAUUACUGAUAUGUAUAAAGGAAAUAGCGUAGAAUUCCGUGGGUAUCAUCAUAUUUCCAAUAGUAUGUUAAAAUGCCAUGUAUCACUAUAAAACAUAUCCCAGCCAUGUCCUUACGCCCUUCGGGUAGAUACUCCCUGUCGGUUUGUAUAUACUCCCGUCGGAUUCGUAACUUCCGGUAUCACCCCGUGGUAGGCUUCGUCCACGUUGGCUUCAUGUUGCAGCCUGUUGUACGGAUUCAAGUACAGAAUCUAGUGAUAAUUCAUUCAAUACAUUUGCGGCGGCGCUGUCCAAUGAAUUGUAGCUGACACAAGAUACAGUUUUUAGUUGUCCUAGAGUGUUUAAAUGUAGCCAGCAAUCUGAGAAAGUGAGACUGUCUGUCAAGAUUUGUUAUUUGACUGCCAAACGCAUAUCAUAAAACCAAAGACAUAUUUGGCUUCGUGUAUAGUAACCAUACCAACAAAGUAUGCUCCUGAAGAAUUAGGUGUUCACGUUGAUACCAGUAGUCGGACUGAUGAAUAUUUAUAGACGAUUUCUUCAGGUAUCUUCGAAGAGGAAUUAAUCUAUCUUUGUGAAAACAUGGCAGAAACUAAAACCCACGUUGAAGAGCGACAGGUCACGAUGAAGUCGACCAAUACAGACGCAAUAGUAACAACUCUAGUGAGACAACUGUUAAAUGAACUGGAAUUAAGAACUGACACGAUCAAAGAAGCAACCUUAGCGGAGUUAAAAUUGAGAUUGAUUAAAUCAACACAAAGGAAAGUAAGAUCUUUUAAAAACGCGCUAGAUCUGAAAGACGUCUUCAAAGCUUUGGCGGAGAAUCACGAUGACAUCUUAAAAGCAUUGGAAUGCUUUUGUAUCAAUUUUAUUCAAAUUCACCGCCAAUCUACCAAUAUCAUUUUGAGGUAUUGUGAAAAUAUCAAGACGGUUGUUAACGGACACGAAAACGUUACCAGUAACAAGGGAGAUGUGUUUUCGACAAUAUCACAUAUUUCUGACACAACUGAUAAGAACUACCAAUCUAGCUACCAGACAUUCAGAAACUAUCAAGCAAGAAUCGACAGUUUUCUGAUCUAUGUAUCAACGAAAGGGCAAGACAUCGAUUCAAUGACUGCGGCGGGGUUUUACACUACCAGCAAUGACAAUGAAAUACAAUGCAUCCAUUGUGAUGAAUUCAACAUCACCUGGGAACCUAGCGAUAAUCCUUUGACCAUUCAUGGACCCGGAGAUGCAUCUUGUCCUAAUAUAAAGAUACAAAACACACAGGAUUCAAUCACAGGUGCUGCUGCAUUGUCUAGACCUACUGCAAAGCGCAAAAUUAAAAUGGACAAUUCAAGAACGAAAACCAUACAAACGCCAUUGAAACAAUCACUUGUCACCAAUUUUUCUGCCAGAGUUAAGAGAGCAGGGCCGAUAGCUGCCAAACCAAACCACUCCAAACAAUUCUUAUUCUUGAGGAAGAGAAACUGGACCCACAGAAGCAGCACCACAAGUCUAAAUAUCUCGACGUUUGAAACGAAACAUGCCAAACAAGGUUUUCAGGCUAGUUCAGAAGGAGAUGAAUUCGGGGACGAAAUGAUGUCUUCCCCAGCAAAGGAUAUAGGCUCAAUCCUUGGCCGAACCCGUGACUUGGAAGACAGAACAAGAGAAGAUAUGAUGGUGACAAAAGAAUCUACAGAUACAGAAAUGCCAGUCUUGAUAGAUAAUCAGGACGUUGGUGACGAAAACAAAGAGAACCUACAUAUUCUGGGUACUUUACAAUGCGAGAAUGUACGUCUGAAAGAAAGGUUGAGGUGCAAGAUUUGUUUUGAAGAGGAGGUGUAUUCAGUAUUUCUUCCCUGUGGGCACAUCGUUGCCUGUCGUCAAUGUGGAGACAAAGUUACUGAAUGUACGUUCUGUAACGUGACUAUUAAUGGCCGAUCGAAAAUCCGUUUGUGACAUUAAAUGAUGUCGUCACGAGUCAUAGACAAUAUCAAAGUGCAUUUCAUUGUUUUAAACAAUACCGAGCUUCGGCAUGUCGUUAAUAUCUUGCCAAUGAAAUAAAAUCUGGAACAAUAAAAAGAACACCAAGGAAAGAGCUACACAUACUGUUCUGAAGAGAUUAUGCGCAACAACGAAGGCAUUUAAAAGAAUAUAUUGUUGUUAUUAUAAUAUAUCAAAUUUGUGUCCUGUAGCAUAUUUUGCAUUUGUUUGCAUUACAAAUACAUCGUUCGACAGUAAAGGUAGGUUCCCACUACAGUCCAUGUACUGUACAUUUGAGCACUAGUAUUCCGUAACAAACAUAAUUAAAUUUAAAUAAUGUGAUUUAUUUAUCGAGAAAGGGAUAACAGUAUUUUCUAGGAUUAUAUCUGUGAGAAAAAGAAAUUGAACAAGAUUUCAACACCACAUCUAAAAUUGUUUUAUGAAAGAUAUCACAUAUAAAAGCUUUUCGUAGGAAAUGUGCUUACAUGUCAUCCAGUUGCUAAUAUUGGUAACGUUUUCCAAUGUUUAGCAUAAAAUAUGUAUUCAUUCACAUUGUCCCUUAGUGGUCAAAUAAGUGUACUUGUUCGGCAGAUAAAGAUGACUACAUUUAAGAUCACAGAUAAUAGUACACACAUAACAAUGGAUGACAUAACAGCAAUGUUUUAACUUCUGAUAUGGUAAGAAAGGAUGCUAUGUUAGCUUUAUUUUAUUCUUUAAUAGCUAGUUUAAUGUAAACAGCUAUGUACGAUACCUACAUGUUAUUAUGUAAUGCAAUAUAAUCUGUAUGCUCAAAACAUUAUGUGAUUUCUUCCAUAUUGAAUAUCAAAACAUUAAGGAAUCAUAAUAAAUUGCAGUCUUAUUUUCAAUACGA